AGUCGGAAGCCGGGCUGUGCGGCGCGGGCAGUGGAGCGGCGGCUCCUGUACCCCCAGCGCGGACCCAAAGGGGCUCGGGCCGCUCGGGCCGGGAAUGGCGGCGGCGGCCGAGCCCGGGGCCCGCGCCUGGCUGGGCGGCGGCUCCUCGCGCCCCGGCAGCCCGGCCUGCAGCCCCGUGCUGGGCGCAGGAGGCCGCGCGCGCCCGGGGCCGGGGCCGGGACCCGGGCCAGAGCGGGCGGGCGCCAGAGCCCCGGGCCCCGCUGCCGCGCCGGGACACAGCUUCCGGAAGGUGACGCUCACCAAGCCCACCUUCUGCCACCUCUGCUCCGACUUCAUCUGGGGGCUGGCCGGCUUCCUGUGCGACGUCUGCAAUUUCAUGUCUCAUGAGAAGUGCCUGAAGCACGUGAGGAUCCCAUGCACGAGUAUGGCGCCCAGCCUGGUCCGGGUUCCUGUGGCCCACUGCUUCGGUCCCCUGGGACUCCACAAGCGCAAGUUCUGUGCUGUCUGCCGCAAGGUCCUGGAGGUGCCCGCGCUCCACUGCGAAGUGUGUGAGCUGCACCUCCACCCAGACUGUGUGCCCUUCGCCUGCAGUGACUGCCGCCAGUGCCACCAGGAUGGGCACCAAGACCACGACACCCAUCACCACCACUGGCGGGAGGGGAACCUGCCCUCGGGAGCCCGCUGCGAGGUCUGCAGGAAGACGUGCGGCUCCUCUGACGUGCUGGCCGGCGUGCGCUGCGAGUGGUGCGGGGUCCAGGCGCACUCCGUCUGCUCCGCGGCGCUGGCUCCCGAGUGUGGCUUCGGGCGUCUGCGCUCCCUGGUCCUGCCCCCCGCGUGCGUGCGCCUUCUGCCCGACGGCUUCAGCAAGACGCAGAGCUUCCGCAUCGUGGAGGCCGCGGAGCCGGGCGAGGGGGGCGACGGCGCCGACGGGAGCGCUGCAGUGGGUCCAGGCAGAGAGACACAGGCAACUGCGGAGUCCGGGAAGCAAACGCUGAAGAUCUUUGAUGGCGACGACGCGGUGAGGAGAAGCCAGUUCCGCCUAAUCACUGUGUCCCGCUUGGCCGGUCCCGAGGAGGUGCUGGAGGCCGCACUGCGGGCCCACCACAUCCCCGAGGACCCUGGCCACCUGGAGCUGUGCCGGCUGCCCCCUUCCUCUCAGGCCUGUGGCACCUGGGCUGGGGGCAAGGCCGGGAGUGCUGUGAUCUCGGAGGAGGGCAGAAGCCUCGGGUCCGGCGAAGCCACGCCAGAGGCCUGGGUCAUCCGGGCUCUGCCGCGGGCCCAGGAGGUCCUGAAGAUCUACCCUGGCUGGCUCAAGGUGGGCAUGGCCUACGUGUCCGUGCGAGUGACCCCGAAGAGCACGGCCCGCUCUGUGGUGCUGGAGGUCCUGCCGCUGCUUGGCCGCCAGGCCGAGGGUCCUGAGAGCUUCCAGCUGGUGGAGGUGGCGAUGGGCUGCAGGCACGUCCAGCGGACGGUGCUGAUGGACGAACAGCCCCUGCUGGACCGGCUACAGGACAUCCGGCAGAUGUCCGUGCGGCAGGUGAGCCAGACGCGGUUCUACGUGGCGGAGAGCAGGGAUGUAGCCCCGCACGUCUCCCUGUUUGUUGGCGGCCUGCCUCCCAGCCUGUCCCCCGAGGAGUACAGCAGCCUGCUGCAUGAGGCCGUGGCUACCGAAGCCACCGUGGUGUCCGUGAGUCACGUCUACUCCCAAGGCGCGGUAGUGCUGGACGUCGCCUGCUUCGCGGAGGCCGAGCGGCUGUACGUGCUGCUGAAGGACAUGGCUGUGCAGGGCCGGCUGCUCACUGCCCUGGUGCUCCCCGACCUGCUGCACGCGAAGCUGCCCCCAGACAGCUGUCCCCUCCUCGUGUUCGUGAACCCCAAGAGUGGAGGCCUCAAGGGCCGAGACCUGCUCUGCAGCUUCCGGAAGCUACUGAACCCUCACCAGGUCUUCGACCUGACCAACGGGGGUCCUCUUCCUGGGCUCCACCUGUUCUCCCAGGUGCCCUGCUUCCGGGUGCUGGUGUGUGGUGGCGAUGGCACCGUGGGCUGGGUGCUCGGCGCCCUGGAGGAGACACGGUACCGACUGGCCUGCCCGGAGCCUUCUGUGGCCAUCCUGCCCCUGGGCACAGGGAAUGACCUUGGUCGAGUCCUCCGCUGGGGGGCGGGCUACAGCGGCGAGGACCCGUUCUCCAUACUGCUGUCCGUGGACGAGGCCGACGCCGUGCUCAUGGACCGCUGGACCAUCCUGCUGGAUGCCCACGAGGCUGGCAGUGCAGAGAACGGCACGGCAGACGCAGAGCCCCCCAAGAUCGUGCAGAUGAGUAACUACUGUGGCAUUGGCAUUGACGCGGAGCUGAGCCUGGACUUCCACCAGGCACGGGAAGAGGAGCCUGGCAAGUUCACAAGCAGGCUGCACAACAAGGGUGUGUACGUACGGGUGGGGCUGCAGAAGAUCAGUCACUCUCGGAGCCUGCACAAGCAGAUCCGGCUGCAGGUGGAGCGGCAGGAGGUGGAGCUGCCCAGUAUCGAAGGCCUCAUCUUCAUCAACAUCCCCAGCUGGGGCUCGGGGGCUGACCUGUGGGGCUCCGACAGCGACGCCAGGUUUGAGAAGCCGCGCAUGGACGACGGGCUGCUGGAGGUGGUGGGCGUGACGGGCGUCGUGCACAUGGGCCAGGUCCAGGGUGGGCUGCGCUCGGGAAUCCGGAUUGCCCAGGGUUCCUACUUCCGAGUCACGCUCCUCAAGCCCACCCCGGUGCAGGUGGAUGGGGAGCCCUGGGUCCAGGCCCCAGGGCACAUGAUCAUCUCAGCUGCUGGCCCUAAGGUCCACAUGCUGAGGAAGGCCAAGCAGAAGCCGAGGAGGGCCGGGACCACCAGGGAUGCCCGGGCGGACGCUGCGCCUGCCCUUGAGGGCGAUCCUAGGUAGGGGUGGCUGGGGCAGCCCAGGGGCUCGAGCCGUCUUUGCCCCCGCCGGCCUUGUUUUCAGGUGGUCUGGAGGCAGCUCCACGUCCACACAGUGGCCGGCCCUGUGGUUGGACCUGGCUACAGCCCUGACCGCAUCUUCCCGGGGACGCAGCUGGACCAGCCCUCAUCCCAUUGGUGACGCACGUUGGUGUCACAGCCCUCAUCCCACUGGGGACUGCUGUGCGGGUGGCGGUGUUUCCCCGUGUCCCGGGUGGGCGCAGGGCUCUGGAUGGUGAGCCCUCUGCCCCGUGGGGGCCUGGUCCUCUCCUCAGGGGUGGGCACCCGUCCCUCCAUCUCUCUCCCCACUGAGCCCCUUGAGCUGGACAGUGCUGGACGCAGGCCGUCCAGGUGGGUCUGACCUCACUUUGUGCCCCUUGGGCCGUCCCCCUGGCCGGUCCUUCAGAGCAGCAGGCUCCCUGGUGUGUCCCUGCCCCAGCAGACACAGGCUGCCAGCCCCUCCAGCCUCACCUCCCCGCCCUGGGCAGCAGGUGUGGGCAGUCCCUGGUGGGCAGCGUGUCAGGCUGCCGGGUGGUGGUGACUGGUGACUUCCUUGUGUUCGGGGAAGGGAGAAGGUGCCUUCCGGUCUCGUGAUAUACAGAUGGCAGCUUGGACCCCAGGUACAGCUCCAGGGGCAGGCAGUGCCCAGCUGGGCCUGAUGGGCCUUUCUUAGUGCCUCUGUUGGGGGAGGAGAGCCUAUGUCCAUGUGGAGGAUAGGAGGUCUCAGGUGCUGCCCUGGCAGCACCAGAGUGUGGGCCGGGCCCGAGUGUCUGCCCCUCGGCCCUCAGGGUGGGGCAUUUAGCACCCAGAAGGGACCAAAAGCAGGGCAUGGCUGUGCAGAGGAGUUUGUGGAGGUGUAAACAGUCCCAUGCAUGUGGAGGAGGAGCAGGCUUUCAGCCCCAGACCCCACGCUAGCACUUUCCACGCUGCUUGCCCGUUGACGUGCAGUUCCCAGUGCCUGUGUGAGCCGACAUCUGCUCAGUCCUAUCCCUCGUCAGCGUGUGGAGACCCAGCUCCUGCAGCGCCCCUGCUCCCACGCCCCCAGAUAGCUCGGUGGAGGGUCCUGCAUCUGGGCCAGGCUGGGGUGCACCCAGCCAAAGACAAAGCUGCCUCCAUGUGCCCACGGAUUAGAUGGCGCGCUGGCCCCGGGAGGAGUCUGACCAAAAACGGAGCCAGCUCUGUGGGAAGCCCUGACUCCCCCCACGAGAAACGGCCCACGGUGCGGAUCUCCCCCUUCCCUUGUGGGGCACAGCUGACCUGGGCCUCCGAUUCUGCGGAGCUUUCCUGGGCGUGGCUUUGACCUCAGAAGUGGCUGUGGUUUGACCUCAGGAGUGUGUGGCCUGGCCCAGCCUGCUGCAGCCUCCUGGGGGGCCCUUGGUGCCACUAAUCCCCCGACCCCCUGCUUCUGCCAAAACUGCACAGACACAUGCAUUGUAAGGCCACUUGCGGCCUCCAGCGUGCACUCUUGUUUACGUCAUUGUCAUCUUCAAGACUAGUCCUUCGUGAUUAGUUUUGCUUCGCGAGCCCUGGUGUGGACUGUGGUCUGUAUGAAUCGUGUGUAACUGUGGUGAGGGGCUUGUCCUGUAUGUGAGUCUGUACCCAGGUGGGGUCUGUGCCCUGCACACCAGGCCCCUCUGUAUUUAUCGCUGCCCGAAUGCAACAGUAAUUUAUAUCCAGGACAAAUACAGUCUGGGCGUCACUAUCCUA